AAAUAAAUAUAGACCUCUUGAAAUCGUGGGAUAAAUAAACUUCAACCCGCUCAAAAGGGAAAUUAAAAUGCAAGAAAAGAAUAGGAAGAAAGUAGAGAUGAACUUCAACAAAGAGGGUGCAGAGCUGGAAUUGGCCCUCAACUUAUCGCCGCCGCAAGCCGCCACCAGUCCUCAGUCUUCUUUGUCCAUGAAGCUGUCAUCACCGAGGUCGUGCGUGUCAUGGGACCCGUGUCCGGCGGGGGAAGACGACGGAAAUAGCUCCGCCGCCGUGGAGGGCGGUUCGAUGAAGCUUGUCGGCUGCCCUAGAUGCCUCAUGUACGUCAUGCUGGCGCCCGGACAUCCAAAAUGCCCCAAGUGCAAAAGCUCCGUCUUGCUUGAUUUCUUCCAUGACCAAAUGGUCAACGGCUCUAAGAAGUGAGGGUUGACUUUUUAUCCAAAAGAAAUUUGACCCACUUCACGAAUUGGGCCGGGCUCAGCUUUGCUAUACUCACAAAUCUGCUCGUGGCCUUCGUAUAAAGCCCGUUAAAGUAUUACCAUUCAAUGAUUCACAGUACAAUAGUUAGAAUUUAUUUUCAUUUGAUAAUCAUAUGUAUAUUUGUGUUGUUUUAAUAUUUUAUUGAUGUUAUGAUCAAAAAAAAAAUUAUUGAUGUUGAUCGGGGGGUUAACGUACUAACCAUUUGGCUUAGCCGAUUACCAAUCUUUUCUACCAGUAUUGUAAUCUAUUUAAAGUUAUAAUAAUGUACGUAUUAAAUUAAAUAAUAAGACUAUGAACUUUGAUAGUGAUAGAAUCUCGAAUGAUU